UUUCCUCGCACUGCAGCAUCAGCAGUGAAGAGAGGCCACAAUCAAUCUGACACAGAGAGGAGACACAAGAACCUUCAGGGACAGAUAAAACAACAGAGUUGCCACAGGGGGACGGAAACCUGAAGCCGUUUCGAAACUGUAGAGUUAAAGUGCAUCAGGAGGGUGAUCUGAGACAAAGCAUACAGGAAGAAGAAACAGUGAAGAUUGCUCUUCCCUGACUGGGAUAAUCGCAGAUUUUCCUGCCCGUUGUGUUUGUGCCUGUCAGCGGGUGCAAUGCCUACCACAAUACAACAGCAGGUGGGCAGCAGGGGACGAUGUGCUGCUCUCCUGCUCCCUCUCCUCCUGCUGUCCAUGGCCCCCAGGCCUGGGAAUGCCACCAUCAACAUCCCAUCCAAAUUGAAAAGCCCCCCAGUGAUUACCGCCCAACCAGAGUCUGUCACCACCUUUUCAGCAGAUGACAUCACACUCACCUGUGAGGCAACUGGGAAUCCCCCGCCCACGUUCCGCUGGGUGAAAGAUGGUCUGGAGUUUGACCCCUCUAAAGACCCUGAACUCUCUGUGUCCAGAGAUUCUGGGACCUUUUCUUUGACCGCCAAAGAUGGACCCAUUCACCAAUACCAGGGCAGAUAUAACUGCUACGCGUCUAAUCAUUUAGGCACGGCGGUGUCUAACGAGGCUCGUAUUGUCACAGAGAACACUCCCACUCUACAGAAGGAGAAGAAGGUGUCGAAGAAGGUGGAUGAAGGAGAGAGUGUGGUUCUUCCCUGUAAUCCUCCUAACAGCACUGUGGCUCCGGUCAUCCACUGGAUGGACAAGAAGCUGCGGCACAUUCAGCAAAACGAUCGUGUGAUUCAGGGUCGUGAUGGAAACUUGUACUUCUCUCAUGUGACUGAAGCAGACAGUCGAGACGACUACACCUGCAACACGCAGUUCCCCAGCGCGCGCAUCAUCGUCCUCAAAGAGCCCAUCAAACUCACUGUUAUCCCCUCUAACUCAGUAGUGCGUAACAGAAGGCCACAAAUGAUGCGACCCACUGGCUCCCACAGCUCCUAUCUGGUGCUCAGUGGCCAAAACCUGGAGCUGGAGUGCAUUGUUCAGGGCCUGCCCUCUCCCAAAAUCCAGUGGAUCAGGAAGGAUGGAGUCCUGUCAGAGUCCCGCACAUCCAGAGAUAGUUUUGAUAGGGUUCUGCGCUUUAAGAACAUCUCAGAGUCUGACAGUGGCGAGUACCAGUGUACUGCCACAAAUUUGCAAGGCAUAAUCACUCACACCUACAGAGUCACUGUGGAAGCUGCCCCAUAUUGGAUUAAAAAACCUAAGAGCCAACUGUACGCCCCGGGAGAUAUGGUCAAAUUGGAAUGUAAGGCUGACGGUAUUCCCAGCCCUGAGGUCACCUGGAGCAUCAAUGGAAAUCUUCUUACUGAUAUUGACCCAGACCCUAGACGCAGCUUGAAACAUGGAGUUCUCACUCUGAAGAAUGUGGUACUCAGUGACACUGCAGUCUAUCAGUGCAAAGCAGUCAAUAAGCAUGGAUCUAUCCUCAUCAAUGCCUACGUCUAUGUUAUAGAACUGCCUCCCCAGAUUCUGACAGAAAAUGGUCUCAUGUACUCUGUGGCAGAGGGACAGACGACUGAGCUGGCUUGUGAGACCUUUGGCUCUCCUCAGCCCAAUGUCACAUGGGAGGGUGAGUCCUGGGGUGCUCUAGAAGCCAACUCAAGGAUGAGCCAGUUACCCGAUGGCUCUCUACAGAUCAGUAACGCCUCCCUCAAUGACAGCGGCCAGUACACCUGCACUGUUAGCAACAGUGAAAUCACCAUCACUGCUGAGCUGGAUGUACUCAAUAAGACAGUCAUUGUGAAACCUCCAUUGGCUCUGCGAAUCCAGCGGGGGAUGCCUGCUACCCUCACCUGUGAGUACCAGGUGGACUCCAGACAGGACACCCCUCAAGUCCAGUGGAGGAAGAACCGACAGAAGCUCACAGAAUCCUCUGAUUCUGACAAGUACAUGAUAGACGAAUCCACCCUCAUAAUACCUGAGGUCAAAGAAGAGGAUGGAGGGAUUUAUACCUGUGAAGUCAUUACCACUCUGGAUAUGGCUGAAGCGAGUGGCUCCAUCACUAUCGUUGACCGACCUGACCCUCCGACCCAAAUACAGAUGACAGAACCUAAAGAUCGCAGUGUGACUCUCAGCUGGACACCUGGAGAUGAUCACAAUAGCCCUGUGCUAGAGUAUCUGAUUGAGUUUGAGGAGACUGACUAUGAAAGAAAAGAAUGGGAGGAGCUAAGCCGCGUGUCAGGCAACAAUCAGCGAACUACCCUUUCCCUGAAGCCCUUCCUUUCCUACCGUUUCCGAGUCAUCGCUAUCAAUGACAUCGGCAAGAGUGACCCGAGCAUGUACACGGAUGUCUUUUCCACACCAGCCGCUUCUCCAGACAGUAACCCUGAAGGAGUGCGCAGUGAUUCCAUCGACCCCGGCAACCUUGUCAUCACAUGGAAGGAAAUGGACAGGCAUAGUUUCAACGGCCCAGAUUUUCGCUAUAAAGUGAUGUGGAGGAAAGUUUUGGGCAGCGGUCCAUCCUGGCACACCAAAUUCAUGACCUCUCCACCCUUCACCGUCACAGAUGUGGGCAACUUCUCUGCCUUUGACAUUAAAGUGCAAGCUGUUAAUGAGAUAGGAGAAGGUCCGGAGCCCAAAUCCACUAUUGGAUACUCUGGAGAGGACUACCCAACUGAGGCCCCUAUGAAUGUGGCAGUGGAACUGAUCAACAGCACUGCAGUCGAAGUGACGUGGGCGCCCAUAAACAGAGAAACUGUGAGAGGUCGUCUGCAGGGUUACAAGAUUUAUCUGAUGCACUAUGGCCCGGAAAGCAGACACCUCAAUCGGGAGCGUGUUAGGGAGGGGAAGCCAAGGAACAUCUCGUUUGUGAUAACCGACAGUAAUGAGGAGAGGAAGGUUCUGGGAGACCUGCAGCCAUACUCCCAUUACACACUGUCUGUGAGCAUCUUCAACAAUAAAGGAGAAGGUCCCCAGUCUGACCCCCUCACUUUCCACACUCCAGAAGGAGUACCUGGCCCUCCAUCAUCUUUAGUGCUGGAUAGCCCAUCGGAGACAGAAAUGACUCUGCAUUGGACUCCACCCACCCAGCCGAACGGUGUCUUGAAAGGAUACACAUUAAAGUAUCAACAAGUUGAUAAAGAAGACAGUCCCAUGCAAAUGAUCGAGAUCAGUGACCACGUCGUGUCUCACUUCAACUUAAAGCUGGAUCCUCACAGCCGUUACCGCUUCUACCUGCGAGGCUUCACCGCUAAGGGAGAAGGACUGCCAAUCAUCAGGGAGGGAGCUACAACUCUGGAUGGAGUUCCACCCUCCAACAUUAGCUUAUCGACUGGAGAGACAUCAGUCAACCUGACAUGGGUAUCCAAAGAAAGACAGAGGAAUGUGGGAUUCUUUAUUCAUUACUUGAAAAAAGACGGUAAAGGCACAUGGAAGCGCUCUGAGAGAGUGAACAGCUCUCAGUCUUUUUACAGGCUGCAGGGGCUCCAGUCCGGGUCCGAGUACCGCCUGAAGAUCGACUUCAAAAACAAAACUUUAUGGGAGUAUGAGAUCCAGACAGCAGGAGCAAAAGUCAUGGAGAUAAGUCAAGGGUUUGUGACUGAGAGCUGGUUCAUUGGACUCAUCAGCGCCCUCGUGCUGUUGCUGCUGGUACUGCUCAUUCUGUGUUUCAUAAAACGCAGCAAAGGUGGAAAAUAUUCAGUCAAAGAAAAAGAAGAAGGCCAGAUAGAUUCUGAAGUUCGACCAAUGAAUAACGAGGCUUUUGGAGAGUACAGUGACAAUGAGGAGAAGCAGACAGCCAGUCAGCCAUCUCUGUGCGAGGAUAGUAAGCUAUGUACUGACGACACUCUAGAUGACUACGCCAACAGCAACAGCGUGCAGACCGAGGUCAUCAUGGACGAGUCACUGGCCAGUCAGAGCAGCGGAGUCCGAGAUGUUCCUGACCCCGGGACUCAGGAAAGUUCCCCUCUAAAUCCUGCCACAGCCAUCUCCCACCACGGCCUGCCCAUCUCCGCCGCCUUCCUUGACUAGCCGGGGCGAGACCGAGCCCAAAUGUGGAUUCACACAUGUGCCCACCUGUUGCAACUGCUCAUGACUGACCAAAUAUUCGAAAACCCACAAUACUGAGACCUACACACACAACAGAUGCCGAGAAAGCCAACCAGAAGCACUGCUGGGACUUACUUCAGACAUAAUUGGACCAACACUUUUAAUACAGUCAGAGGAAAACAUUUGACUGACAUAUAACAAAUAGACUGCCAUGCUCGUUGUUUACAGAUAAUAUCUCUCAUUUUACAAUAUAAAAUAGGCUAUAGCCGUUUACAGUUAUACUGACGUGACAAGAACCUCUCCAGAAGAGACUUGUUUGAUUAUUGAGUGACAUAAAGUAGACACCGAGCUCCCAAGGGUGAACGCCAAAUCAAGUCAGAGUCGGAUUCACCUGUUAGUCAGUAAGAAGCGAUGCAGAAGGAGGGUGUGAGGGAGAAGAGCGAAGCUGAGGGCCUUAAAAUCAUGACUAAGUGCGUUGUGCAAGCAUAUAGACAGCAUGAGCUGGUUAUACUGGUUGCAAAAUUUAAUCUAACUUAUUGUGUUUUGUGCGUCUCUGCCAUUUCUUUUUUUUUUAUUCUUUGAAGUCCUGCCGAAACCAUUUUUAUUAUUCUUUUUUAAUGAUAUAUUUAUUGUUAUAAUUUUUUGGUUGUUGUUGUUUUUUUUUACACAAGAAUCAGUUUUGUGUCGUGUUUUAAAGGUGCUGUAAGUGACGUUAGCCAUUGUGGAUCUUCUCCGUUUUAGCCAAUGAAUUAUAUAUGCACCCUUUAAAAAAAAAAAAAACACCCGGGUUAGCGUGGCCCUGAUGGUGCAUCUUUGUCAAAAUUCAGUGUGUUGUGACACAAUUUGUUUUUGGCGAACAACUUGGUAAAUUUGGAUACAUGUUAUAGUAGAUGUUUGAACAGUGUCCAGUUCUUUUAAAAAAAGAAUCCUCUAUUUUCUGAAUGCAUCUUAUUGAUAUUGUGAAUGAUGCAUAUAUGCAUACGUUUCAUUUUGAACCUUUCCUCAAAACUUAACAUAACUCAUUCUUCCAGGGAAACGACAGCCUUUCUUACAAUCUACUGCAAUGUCACAUUCAGAUCUGCCACCAUCUAAUCAACAACAGAUUGACAAAACUAAGUCUCCACCCUAGAUAUUUCUCCUUUUUAAUAAUUCAGAUAUUUCCUGAGUUCCGUUCCGUAAAAUUUGCUUACAGUACCUUUAAGUCAUCUGUACAUUGAGUUAUUGUAAUAUCGUGAUUCAACAGAAGAUACAUAUCGGCAUCCCCUCAGUUAAGAUUACAGGUUUCCAUAGUGUAAAUACAUGAGAUGCAAUGACUCUACGACAUAAGAUCGGUUAUAGCAAGCUGUACAUACAAGCAUCUAUCAAUUUAGCCAAAUACAGUAUUAUAAUCUUUCAUCUCCAUGGGUUCCUGUGCUUGCCUUCAACAACAUGCCCAUCACCAUCUCUCAUGUUAAUCCUUUGUGUGCUUAAUUCUUGUUUUCUGCAUUGUAUUAAACUGUACAGACUGAUUUUCUCUUGCAGCCCUGUUGGUGUAAAGCCAUAAGAACACACACGUAAGGUGCGUAGUUUUGAGGUCGUAUUGAGUUAGAUAGGGCUGUGAGAGAGUACGUCACACACACAGUUUAGUUUGGUUAUGUAAAAUGCAAUCAUGUAUUGGCUUGUGUCUUGUUACACAGAAUGUAUGCUUUGUUUGGGUGGGAAUUGUUCCAUACCAGUAUACCAAAUAGCAUUCGUUCCCUCUUUUGCUUUUCAUUUGUUCUGAUGUUUGAUAACGAAUAUAGCAGAAUAUAGCACUGAGAGAAUCUAUGGCACAUCUGGUAUUUCUCAAGAGAAGGGGCAUAGGGGGGAAAUAAAUCUCUUAAUUUCCAGAUGAAUGUAAAUAUAGUCCUAAAAGUUUGUUCGUUAUGACGUUGAAAAUUUGUCUUGUUGAUUAUAUUUUAGGUUUUUAAAUUUUGAGUUUUGUCACUUUUUUUUUUUUUUUUUUUUUUUUAGCUUUCAAGUAACUUGUUAGUUGUGAUUUGAGUGUGGUAGACAAGUAGUGCAUAGGUUUAAAUAACUAAGAAAAAAUUUAUUUGAUAAAUAAAUGUUUCAGGUUCUGAAAAAAAAAAAAAAAAAGCUGAUUGGAUAUAAGUUAAAUGAAGCUACUAGCAAAACAUGAUUGCGCUUAUAGUUUCCCAAGUGCUACAGACUGGCAGUAUUGUGCGUAUCUGAUUAGAAUCUAUUGUUGCAGAGGCAGCACGAAAGGAAGGAGGCAGUCGUCUUAUUUGCACCACUGCACACACACACACACACACACACACACACAAACACGCUUCCAGGGAGCAAUAGAAAAACGCUGACUCGGAUCUUUGAGACAACUGUCUUGAGGCGGCUUUUGCAGUGAUGCCCAGCCCUCUGGAAUAGCUGUGGAGGCUGGACUGUCCGAUCUGUUUUAGCCUCCCUCACAAAAGCUGUACAGACAAACUCAGGACAAAAGUCUCUAAGAGAUCUAUUUUCUUACAGGAGGGGGAAGUGAUGCAAAUGAUAUUCAACUCAAUAUUCGACUGAACUGCUGCUAGACGACGUGUGUAUUUUGUCAGUGUCUUGACUGUGUAUUGAGUUCGGAAAUGAAUCGACUCUUGGAUAUCCACUAUACUGCCCUCUGCUACUGCAACUAAAACUGGAUUGGGAGGGCACCGUUUAAAGCUUGACUAGUGAAAGAACGUUGCCGUUUCUGUUGUUAGUUGUCAAAUGUACACAUUCAAGCUCAUCAUGCAUCUUAAACUGUAUGCUUAAAGCCUAAAUAAGCUUGACAUAAUAGUCUCUUAUUCCUCUUGUAUGUUCUGUUUGUUACUGCAUAUGAUGUGAAAAUAAAUGAAGGAUGAGAUGAA